UGACAGCUCACUCCGCCCGAGCGCCGCCGGAAAGUCGCGAACGCUGCCGAAGCGCGCACGCAGACGGAGCAGUGGCGCGCCGCGGAAUUACGUACGCGCCGCGUCGGUUGCGACUGAGUGAAAAGUGCGUGCGUGCGUGUGUGCGUGGCAGUGGUGCGUGAUACGCGAAGCGCCGCUGUGAUCGGCGCGAAGCCGCGGCGUCGCAGUCUGUGGUGGUUGAGGCGCCGCGAGAACACGGCCCGGCCGACAGAUGAAGUGCUAGCUAGCGGCCGCGGGAGAGGUGGUGGGGGAACCGGUCGCUGAAGAGGGGGGCUGCCCUUGUGGUGGGGGAAGCUGCUGCGGCGGCGGCGGUGGUGGGGGAAGCCGGCCCGGCCGCGCGGCGCGGGAGGGGGAAACACGUGUUUGGCUUGAGUAAUGGCUUCAUUGUGCCCGGACAGCCGAUUCCAACAAGAUAUCGCGACGUGACUCGGGGAACCGAAAAAUUAUAUCUCGCUCGCUGGCCGCGGAUUGUGCCGGCGCGAACACGGGGCGACUUCUGCCGGUGCGUGCGUGCGUCGCGGAAACAGCUCGCCAAGGUGAUGCCGCGUAACGACAACAAAAAGCCGCGCGCGGACGAAAUAGAACUGUCCUGCUCUCCGACUGGCGCUCGCAGCGAGCGAGACGCUUUAUUUUAUCGCCCCGGCCGCCGCUGUCGAAUUAGACUUUCAGAAAAGGCCGCGCGCGCGCUCACUGCCGCCUAGAAACUUUUUUCUUUUUUUUUAUACCUACCCGCUUUUGUCCGUACGUGCGGCAUUUGUUUCAGAGUGUGAGUGUCCAGUUUUGGUCUUCUGGUCUUUUUUUUUUCUCCUUCUGCUCUCCCUCUUUUUACGUCUUUCCCACCGUGUUUGCAUCCGCCCUCUGCGCGCGAAAUACGCAGGAGCGACGGACAGAAGAAGAGGAUAUCGCGACCUUCGAGCAGAAAGUGCAGCGUGUGUAACUGUGCUGGGCCAGCGACAUCGAAUCAGCGUGGCUGUCAAAUCGACAUAUGACGACCGGAAUCGACUUCGCUGCUGCUGCAACGCAAUGCCGUGGAGGUGCUAGACACUUGCAGGAGAAAAGUGUGUUUGUGUGUUUGGCGCCCUUCUUAUCGUGUGUCGUGUUCCGGAUCUGUAUUAGACGCGGCAUUUGGAAAUAAAUACGUCCCACAUGUGCAUCACAAAAACCUUGCCGCGGUUGUGAUUAUCAGUAUCACCUAUUACAAAAAUUUUCCGCUGUGAUAUUGCAUCAUAUUUUAGGGACGUCUCUCUUUUUCGCAGAUUUAUUUCCGAUCCGUGCCGGAGAGUGGUAAAAAUUCACCAGUUAUUUUCACGUACACACUAUUCUCUCUCCGUUUUCUUCGUACCCGAUCCUCUCUAGCUGACCCACAUCGCCACACUUUUUUCCAGAAACCAGAUUAAAUACUACCCUCCAUAUUACCGAAUGUAACGAACGUGCAGACGUAGGGUAUAGGAUUAGGUCUUCCCCUUCACUGCCCCCCAGUUUCGUCUUUCUUGCUCAGUAACAGGACGGCGGUAGCCAAUUCCUCCGGACGCUGUGUCUCUUUGUACACCGGGCGGCUCCCUACUCAGUCGGGGUGAUCUAUCGUAAUUACCCGCUUCAUUAGCGGCUGACACUUCACAGGCGUUCUCUGGACAGAGGAGUCUUCGUUCCAGGCCGCAUCCUCCAGGCUGCUGGAGCGCCUUUUUGCUUUGUCACGCCGUUUUCCAAACACUUGUUGGAAUUCCGGCUCGGACCUCUGACACUCUUUAUCCCUUUACCCCCCACCCCCCACCCCACCCCACCCCUCGCUCCAGUUGGCAUUUCAUGGGCCUGCAUUUCUGACACGCUACCAAAAAUAUCACGGACUCCGUUUUUGCAGUUGAGAUGUGUGUUUGUCGCGCGUAAAUAUUUAGCGCCAUUAUUCGUGCUUAUACCACCACGACUACGCAUUUCUUGUCUCUUGCGUCUAUUACUGUAGCGGACUGGAAGAAAAAGCACGGACGUUUUCGGAGCGAAGAUAAACGCCGUCUCUGGCUAAACUGGACGAUUAUGUGAAGAACGUAAGUGGCAUCACUUUAAUUUAAUGCCCUGCCUCACACAGUGAAUAACAAGAACGAACUAAUUUCCGAAGAGGAAGAUUUUCUUCUGGUCCACAAUUCUCGCAUUAUUUCAGUACAAAUAAUAAGGGACGCCUAGAAGACAUUUUUAAAUACAUGCGAGCAUGUCUGAACAGCGAGUGAGGUGAUGAUAAUAUUCAAAUUCAACAGCUGCUGCGCUGUAGUGCAAACGCAAAAGUUCAGUGAGAGACUGAAACAUUAACAUUUUCGGGUUGGAAACGUGCUUCUUGCUAGUCUGAAAGUUCAAAGGGAAAGUGUUUAAAUGACAGUGCAGUGUGUUCAAAUCACACAAACUUUGGUAACCUAUGGCUUUUCGCCCUUUUUGCUUUGAAUUCUCUGAUCAACUUCUACGAUCAUACCUAUGUAACAGUAUCUAACUGCUAGCUAAAUGUCGAGAGGAAAAACUACUAUGGGAAUGAAGAAUGUUACUGCUUGGUGUGACUAAUAAGGAGUCUUUCUUGCUGUAAGUUUCUGAGAAAUAAUACACGAGGAAGGAGAUAGCGAUCAAGGGACGGUGUCGUUUCGUCUGAAUGAAAUAUGACAACACACGUCGUCUUCGGUAGCACAUUUUAGAGUUGCGAGAAAUAUUUGCUGCACGAUUUUUUAAGAAAAGACGCGCAAAGUCCUGGAGCUUAAUGUGGCGGUAUAUGUGAGAUUACCUCUAAUUUCCGCUCCAAAACACCACUGAGAGAUUCAUGAAGUAAGAUUUUUUAUGAAACUGCGUUUUUGAGGCCAACGUUACCAAAGCACGCACAACCCUACUUUUGCAGGCUGCAGAAAGUAGUGGACAAUUUAAAGAAAUUGGACGCGCAGGAAUAUUUUGCUCAAGAGGCGGAGUUGGUUCGGCAGACAACACUUCCGUUAAGAAGAGGACGAUGCCAGUUUAGUUAGACCACUGAAGAAAGAAAUUACUGCUACAUGCGCGUUCAGUAAGGGAAAAGUGGUGGUGACGUUCAGACGCAAUAUCUCGGUGGCCCCAGUUAAGAACGUUACACAAUAACUGAGUCUUUUAUAUAGACGAUAUUAGCACGAUGCGAAGAAAAGUCUCCAUUUUCGGCAAAUACGAUAGAGGAAAAAGGUUAUAACGAUAUGUGAAACGAUGUUUCCAGCAGUGCACACGGGACGAUGCUAAUGAGUUUGUCUUUACUGGUGCAAAAUACGCUCGUAAAAAUUGUCAGUGACGAUAUUUAGGCAAAUAUAGUAGGUCGAAAUCCUGUGUAGAGUUUUAAAUGUGGCGUGUGGAGGGGAAUCUACAAAAAAAAAAAAAAAAAAAAAAAGCGUACAGUUCAACUUUUUUGGCAACUGCCGCUGCGGUUUUGACAAAAAAAAUAACUUGUGAGGUUGUUGAGGAAGCUGAAUGCAUUCGGAAUUGAGAGUUGCUCAAGCGCAUGAAAACUGAAAUGGUGUCGGACGUAUCGUAAAGUUUAGGGCAAAUAAAGUUUGAUAUCUGGAGGUAAAGGAAGUGUGAGGGAAGUGUCCGGUACUUGACAACAGUUUUGUUGUAACUGAAUACGAGUCCCGUUUCGCUAAUUUAACUGAUGAUUUGCUGAUGUUCAGAUGUUGCAGCGAUGGUGGAGCAAAAUUGUUCACAGUUGAGAAGUGGAAAGAUUGUGUAGGUGCUGGCAGUGAGUUUUGCGUCGGCUACGAAAAGUUUAAAGUCCCUUCGCGGGCCGUCCGGACGGACAUUUAGGUAGCUAUCGCAUCAUUUUCGGCAGAUGAACUCGUAGAAGAGUGUCAGGCGAGCUGAAAGCCUUACCUGCCCAAAGCAGCUUAGCGCGGAAAAUAGGCGCGACCUCAGGGUUGGAGCAGACACGUAAUCCCAGAGGUGGUGGGGUUGGCUGUCGGCCCCUCUGAUUGGAUAGAGACCGACCCAGCUGCGGUCGCGAGGAGCUGUUGACAGCGGCUAUUAGGCGCUACGGCGAAAAUCCGCCGGGGGAGCGGAGCGUGGCGGAGCGGCGUGUGAAUCGAAGUGAACUGCCCCCUGCGGGUAUCGGGGGGUAGAGAGGGGGGCUGGCGUGCGCAUUGUCCAGGCCGGGGGCAGACUCCAGUGUCCGGUGGGCCGCGCACCGAGCAGGCAGGAGCAGCGCGCACAGCUCGUGCCCAAGUGGCUCCGGCUCAUUCGCUGUCGACGCACAGCUGCGCGCCUCGUUUGCGUGUGAAGGAGUCAAACACCAGUGUAGCUGACGCGUGUGAGAAAACCAGUGCAUCGACACCACCUGUUCACUGUCCACAACUCUCGCUCAGACACCGGAAAUUUUAGCUGUUUAUUAUAUUAAAAACAGCUACGGCUUACUUAAAAAUUUAUUGUGCGACAGUAUCUUCAGUGCAGCAGAUAUAUUCAGCAGCUUCCGAUAUUGUUUAUGUACCAGCACUCUGUUACCAUUUUUAUAUCCCGAUUUCCACCGCUAUUAUCAGUAGUUUCCUUGCCCGACGAGACUCGCUUCUAACGUGCUCGCCUCAGCCACAGUGAACCAGUCGCUUCAAAACUGCGACGCAAUCCUCCGAGUUAUGCUCGUUCUUGAAGAACGCGAGUCUGCCCGAGAAGUAGCAAGUCUGUGGUUGCGGCCGAGUUAUUAGUUGCCUGGAAUGUUAGUGACCAUUUUGGCGAUUUUUACCAUCGACAAGAAGUAAACCACAUCUCGUCGGGAGUUGGAAGUUGAGACUAAGACAGCUAUUGUUUUACCAUUUUUUUACUGUAGACGGAAUUUUCUCUUAUUGUUCUUUUACGCGCUGUGCGGGAUGUUUGUUGCUUGCCAGAUGACCAUUGUGUUUUAACUUGCUGACUUUCGACGUUUUUGCCUGUGACUGUAGUUAACCACGGCCCGUCAUUUUAGACUCGCACGCACUGAAAAAAGACUUGUAAAUUUCGUCCAAGUUGCCCAUUCCACGGUGCGCCCACUGAUAAUUUUAAAUUUUUUUGUAUUUCUACUAUCGGAAUAAAUUAAAUCAAAUCCCAUUGUAGCUUUAGACUGAGACUGCCCCGUCACGUUCUGGCAAUACCAGAUAUUAAUUGUGACCCGGACGCUGUUUGUUUAUUAAUACUAGAUAGUGUGGGGUGUGUGUGACGAUUUCUGACUGGUUGCCGCGCUAGCUGACCUUCGUAGGCCAACAUGCUCUGCAGGUGAUCAGCAAAAAGAUUUAGCAAGAAGUACUAUUGCAAUUCCGCCCUCCGUGUUUGCACAGAGUGUCGAUUGAGGACUUCACAUUUUGGCGAUUAUUACCAUCGACAAGAAGUAAACGACGAGUUGGAAUUUGAGACUGAGACAGCCCCCCAGCGUUUCUUAGGAGUGCCAGUUGUGGAGACUGUGAUGGACGCUAGGGGUGCGGGACGGACGUCAGCGCGGUCGCGCAGCGGCGGUCGCCAUGGCGACGCACAGUGAGUGGUGACCGUGCCAGGAUGCCGGAGCAGCUGUCUGUUGCCGCAGGUCUGGGCGCGCUGCACCACCCCUUCCCGGUGGGGGUGGCGUCGCCGUCGGCGUCGGCGUUCGCCGCCUUCCACCACGCGCACCUCGCCGCCUCCGCCUCCUCGGCGUCGGGGCACGCGCUGCCGCCGCCCCCGCCGCCGCCCCCGCUGCCGGUGGACCAGCGCACGCACGAGGGCCGCUACGUGUGGGAGAGCGUGGCCGCCGCCCGCGCCGCCGCCGCUGCCGCCGCCGCCGCCGCCGUCGCCUUCCACCACCCCCACGGGCUGGGCGCGGGGUCCGGCGGAACGGGCGCGCUCUCCGAGCUGCAGCUGCUGGCGGCGUCGCGGCGCUGCGCCGUGCUGCCCCCGGGGGCGCCGGGCGCGGGGGCGGCGGCGGCGGCGGGGGCGGGCGCGUCGCCGGGCGGCGGCAGCGCGGGCCCGCAGCCGCCCCCCGUCUCCUCCGGCGCCGACCUGCACCCCGCCUACCGCCUCAACCCCUACGUGGAGCACCUCUACUCCUCGCUGCAGCACUCUAGUCCCUCCUUGCACGGCCUGGCGCUGAGUCCCGACUACCUGGCGCCGCGGUCGCUCACGGAGCUGCCAGCCGCCUCCACCGUGGCCAGCGCCGAGUUCGCCUUCUCGCUGGACGGUUCGCGGCUGACGAGCCCGCGGCCGGGCAGUCUGCGCCAGAGCCGGAAGCGCGCGCUGUCCUCGUCGCCGUACUCGGACUCGUUCGACAUCAACUCGAUGAUCCGCUUCUCGCCCAACUCGCUGGCCUCCAUCGUCAACGGCGCCGGCAGCCGCUCCUCCAGCGCCAGCGGCAGCUACGGGCACCUCUCCGCCGGCGCCAUGAGCCCCGCGGUGGGGCUGCACCCGUCGGCGAGCGCGCAGCUGCAGCAGCUGCAGGCGCACCUGCUGCGCUCGGGCGCGCUGCUGCCGCCGCCCGUGCUGCCGCCGCCGCACCCGCACGCCCACGCGCACGCGCACGCCCACGCGCAGGCGCUCUUCGGGCUGCACGCGGCCGCCGCCGCCCAGCACCACCACCACCAGCACCAGCAGCACCAGCAGCACCACCAGAACCACUCGGCACCCAGCACGCCCACGCCACCCGCCGCCGUCGCCAAAGUAGAGGCCCCCAGCGAGAAGCUGCGCUGCGAGGCCUCCGGCGUCAGCGUGGUGGAGGCGGACACCAGCUCGUCGUCGACGCCUCUCCAGCACCAGCAGCACCAGGCGCGCCACGCGCGGCCCGCGGCGCGCAUCAAGCGGGAGCCCGCCUCCGCCGCGCCCGCCUCCGCCGCCCCCGCCGUCUCGACCAGCCAGCAGGCGCUGUCGGUGGCGGCGCUGGCGGCGGCCGACGCCGACCUGGGCGUCGACGAGCCGGCGGACUUCAUCGAGACGCACUGCCACUGGCGCGACUGCGGCACCGAGUUCCCCACGCAGGACGACCUCGUCAAGCACAUCAACAAUGACCACAUCCACACGAACAAGAAGUCGUUCGUGUGUCGCUGGGAGGGCUGCUCGCGGGCCGAGAAGCCGUUCAAGGCGCAGUACAUGCUGGUGGUCCACAUGCGCCGCCACACCGGGGAGAAGCCGCACAAGUGUACGUUCGAAGGUUGCAUCAAGGCGUACUCGCGGUUGGAGAACCUCAAGACGCACUUACGCUCACACACGGGGGAGAAGCCGUACACGUGUGAGUACCCCGGCUGCAGCAAGGCCUUCAGCAAUGCCUCGGACCGCGCGAAGCACCAGAACCGCACACACUCCACCGAGAAGCCGUACGUGUGCAAAGCCCCAGGUUGUUCCAAGAGGUACACCGACCCCAGCUCGCUGCGCAAGCACGUAAAGACGGUGCACGGCGCCGAGUUCUACGCCAACAAAAAGCACAAGGGCUCGGAUGGGGGCGGCAGUGCCGACGACGGGGGCGGACUGGGAGGCGCGGACUUGGCAGGCGGCAGUCCUCGCAGCGAGGGGAUGCUCAGCAGCGGCAAGACGCCCAGCCUGUCCAGCCCGAGCGUCAAGUCCGAGGAGGCGAGUUCACCUAUGGGCCAACACGGCAGCCCACCGAGUGUGACACGGCACGCGAUCUGCGGGGGCGGGGAAGGCGGCGGCGGGGUCCAGGAUGACGCCCUCGCAGCGGACUCCGGCCACGCUCUGCUCACCGCCGCCGAGGAGUGGGCGGAGGAGGCUGUCGAUGAAAUCGAUCUGCCACCGGUAUCGGUGGGCCUGCAGGUGACGGUAGGAGGAGACGGAGUCGGUGGCGGCGGCGGAGGCGGCCUCGGCUCGGCGGAGCGUUCUGCCCGCAGCAGACUCAAGUCCCGCAUGCACGCCAAGGGCAUUCCUGCACUCCCCACACUGGCUGGAGUCGGCAGUCCGCGCAAGUGCAGCAUCGGCAGCAGCCCACUGCUGGGCGACCUCAGCCGGCGCAUCGUCGACCUCAAGGUGGAGGGCGGAUGCAGCGGCGGCAGCGGAGCGCGGUCCGGCAGCACCGCCCUGGUGCAGACGCAGCUGGCAGACGCGGUGCAGGCCGGCUGCUCGCGCCGCGACAGCAACUCCACCGUCAGCACCUACUAUGGCAGCAUGAAGUCCGGCGACGUCAGCCGCAGGAGCAGCCAAGCUUCUCAGAUGUCUGCUGCAUCCUGCCUGAGGCCGGCGGGUACCGGGGGUGGAGGUGGCGGCGGGGGCGGCUCACUGUACGACCCCAUCUCGCCUGGCAGCUCGCGCCGCUCCUCGCAGCUGAGCAGCAACAGCUGCAGCCACAGCCACCAGCAUCGGCUGCAUGGCUCUUACUGCACCUCCAAUCUCGUCGUGCAGACGCAGAACAUGUCACUGCAGCAGCAGCAGUUCCUGGCGCACACGGGUGGUGGGUGUGCACAGUCACCCACUGCGACCGCAUCCGGAGUCCCCGCUGCUCGGCCGCCCGGCUGUGGUACGGGGGCGCCACCCCAGUCCUGCACGCCCGCCGGUCCGCCACCCGAGCAGCUCCAGCGGCCACCACCACCCCCUUCGCGCCCGGCAUCUGCCAUACUGCCGCCCAUUCCUCCGCGGGAGCUGCACCCCAACCAAGAGGUGGUGCUCGACGAGGUGGCCGAGGGCGAGAUGGUCGAGAACAAGCUCGUCAUCCCGGACGACAUGCUGCAGUACCUCAGCGAGGUGGCGGACAACUCGAAGGACUCCCAGAGCCCCCGGCUCCCUGCGGCAACGGCGGCGGCACCGACCGCCGCCGACACCGUCGGCUACCGGCAGCAGCAGGACGCGCCACCGCAGCUCCCACCCCCCGCGCAGCCCUGCGGCGGCUACGUCCCACCGUCGCCGCAGCAGGUGGGACCCGCGGCGCCCCCGCACCACUACGGCACCUGCGGCGGACCCGCACACCAAGUCCCUCCGGCGCAGCCGCAGCACCGAGGCUGCGCCGCGACCGGCGUACCGUGUCACCACGCACCCGCGUCGCCGCACCGGCAGCAGACGCACGACUUCGCGGGCGGCGGUGCCGGCUACGGCUGCUACCGCCAGCACCACCAGCACAAGGCGUACGGCGGGAACGGCAGCUACUGCCACGGCGGCGGGGCCUACCACUGCCACGGCAGCCCGUCUCCGGCCGCCCAGGGGUACCAGCAGCAGCACCAGCAACACGUGUUCCCACACCAGCAGCAGCAACACCUCUACCAGCCGCAGGUGAAUCAGAGUGGGGGCGGACUCGACCAGCAGCCGCUGGCCAGCCCAGCCGCGGGCGCGGCCGCCCCUGCGGGUCCUGGCCCUGGCGCGUGGCAGCAGGGGGCGGCGCAGCCCCUGCGCGUGCCGCCGACCGCCGCGGCUCCGCCCGCCUCCGGCCCCGCCCCCUGCGGCGGCUACGGAGCCGCGGGUUCCGCCUCCCAGUACCACCCCCACCCGCAGUACGGGGGAACCCACGUGCCUUGCUCGUACCGGCAGCAGUACGGUGCGCCGCCACCGCCGCAGCACCACCCGCACUCCCACCAACCGCCGCAGCCGCAACCACCGUGCUGCGGCAACUGCAGGCAGGCCCACCACCCGCCACCGCAGAUGCUGCCGCAGGUGCAGCAGUCGUCCGACAGCUGGUCCGGCUACUCGCAGCAGGGCGCGGCCUCGCUCCAGUUCCAACAGAGGAGCCUCGGCCAGCAGCAGCAGCAGCAUCAUCGGAGUCCAGCAUUCCCACCCGCUCCGAGCUCUGUCCGAUCGGCUGGCUGUGCGCCAUCAUCCUACGCUUCACCUGCACCCCAGCCUCCGGCACCACCCUGCGAGAUCCAGUGCCGCGACAUCAGCCAGUCGUCGCCGGGGGCUCCCAGCCCCGGGUACCGCGGUAUGCGCCACGAGGCGUACCAGCGUACACUCGAGUACGUGCAACAGUGUCAGACCUGGGGCGGGGGUGGCCGGGGUGGGGGCGGUGGGGACGCCGGGGUCGUCUCCAGUACGACGCAGCUCGUCCCGUCCCCUGCCGCGCCAGCCCAGGGUGGACCCGUCGUGCCGGAGGAAACGGCCAAGCCUGCACCGCCCACCUCCAACAUGGUCGUCAAUGACCUCACUUCGUCACUCACUUCGUUGCUGGAAGAGAACAGGUUUUUGCAGAUGAUACAGUGAUGUGGUUCAGUUUGCCCCGUGUAACCUGUUGGAGGAUGCCGUGAGAUACGAGGACAUAGUGUGACCAAGUUUGUAGUAACUUGAGGUGUUGAAAAUAUGCCUGGAAUAUUACAAGAGAUAAUGAGUGAAUUGUGCUGAAACAUUGCUUUUGACACACAUCUUUUGCUUUCGAUGCCAGUGCUCUUAUGAUUGCAUGAAGUGAGAACAAAUACUAAAUGUACAUUUACUAAAGUCAUGACCGAUGCACCUGUAUUUGUGCUGGUAGAAAAAGUUACGUCGUAUCAAUGAUCAGAAACAUUUGUACUUACACUUAUCCGUGUUAAAAUUUGACAUCGACUCCUAAACCUUAAGGUUGACAAAAUGUGCUUUGUGCUUCUCCUUCUGUUGUUUAUAAAUUGAUAUGAACAUGAACAAUAUAGAACAUUAUCAACAUUUCAUAGACAGUGACAUAGGGCUUGUACUGUGAGAACAAUAAACUGUAGCCAAAAUACUAGGCUAUUGUAAAUGCUCCUCACUGAAUUGUGCAUAUUAAUUCUAGGUACAAAGUAUGUUGCAGCCAAAUAAACUUUGGAGCAUAUGCUCAAAUUUUGCAUUAAAACUUGCUGCCACUAGCACUAAUGAGACAAUACAGUUGAUGUAAUUUAAAAUUGCAAUAUAUUUUUCCUAACUGGUAAAUGAUUAUAAAAAUAAUUCUGAAAUGCAUGCAGCAUUGCAGUUUGUUUACUUUAGAUUUAAUGUUUGAUGAGAUUGUUAUACCUGAUUAGUGAGCUAAGUGUAAUUUUAUUUCAGCAUAAAGCCAGAAAUCCUUAAGCUAAAUGUGUAUGUCAAAUAAGUUAAAAAUACUACAUGUGCUUUUCGAUUUGGUUUUGAUAUUCCUCAUUCAGUUUGUUAUUAUUAUUAUUUAAUGACACACCUGGGAGUAAAAUACAAGUUAUUCAUACAGAAAACUAAUGCAAAAUUGGUUUAUCAGAACUAUUUUCCUCUGGAGAUAAGUACUUGGCAAUUUGAAAAAAAGAGAGAUAUUGACAAAAUAUUUAAUGUUCUUCUAUGAUUUAGUUAAUUACAUUAAUAACUUUUAAUGUGGAUAACUGUGAAUUUAUAUGUGUUUUGAAAAUGAAUAUUAUAUUAAAUUUGUAAGAAACUACUUGGUAACAAAUAAAGUGGAAAGGCCAGGGUUGUAUAUGUUAUCCUGUUACAUAGAUGUCUUAAGAUUUUAUUCCCACCAUUCUUUCAUGUAAGCAGGGUCUACUAUUGCAAUGAAACUAUGUAAUCUGGUUGGCUUUUAAAUUUGUUUCUGCUCCUGCUCCUGCUGUGUGUGUGUAUGUGUUUUAUAUAAAGAUGUCAAUGUUAUCAAGAGAACAGAAACUGCACACUAUUCACACUGAGAUACUGAAGUGUUGUAUAUUUUUUUUAAAUAAAGUUGACGUUUGAAGGUGUUGACCACAGAGUAACUUAAAUAUGUACAGUUUUCUAAGUAAAUUUUAAUACAAUGUGCCAGUUUUUUUUAUGAAAGCAAAUAAAGAUAUGCAUUUUACAAUA